AUGGAGCUUCAAUCGAUAAUCACCCGCCUGUUGACGGCCCUGCUCGGGUUGUGGGCUCUCCUGCCUACAGCCGGGGCCUAUACGAACCCGAUCCGUAACCCUGGGGGCUCCGACCCCUUCUUGGUGUACACCGGUGGAUACUACUAUCUGAUGACCACCACCUGGACGGACCUCGAGAUCAGCCGGGCCACUACCAUCGACGGCCUCAAGACCGCCGAAAAGAAGGUCGUCUACUCCACCUCCACCGCCGGCCGCUGCUGUAACGUCUGGGCUCCGGAGGUUCACUACCUGGGUGGCAAGUGGUACAUCUACUACACCGCAGGGGAGACGACCGACCUGGACGGCCAGCGUCUCCACGUCCUCACGGGUGGCUCCACCCCCUGGGACGAGUACACCUACACCGGCCAGCUGACGACCGAAUGGUCCAUCGACGCGACCGUCCUCCGCACCAACGCCUACGGCAACUACCUCGUCUUCUCCUGCUUCCACGGCGUGACCUACCAGUCCCUCUGCAUCCAGAAACUGGGCGACGACUACGUCAGCCUCACCGGCAGCAUCAGCGUCAUCUCCGAACCGACCGAGAGCUUCGAGAUCCACGGCACCCCCGUCAACGAGGGGCCCGCCGCCCUCUACAUCUCCGGCACCACCUACCUGGCCUACUCGGCCUCGUACUGCUGGACCCCGUACUAUUGCGUCGCCCUGUUGACCUGGGACGGCACGACUGAUCCCACCUCUAGCAGCGCCUGGACCAAGGGCGAUAGCUGUGCGCUGUCCUCGGCCAACGGUAACUACGGCACCGGCCACAACAGCUUCUUCCAGAGCCCCGAUGCUACAGAAACGUGGAUUGCGUACCACGCGUCGAAUAGCAGUGCCGGGGCGUGCGAUGAUACGCGGUAUACGAUGGUGCAGCCGUUGGGGGUGAGUGGGGGGAAGCCUGUGUUUGAGACGCCGGCGGCGUUUAGUACUGUGUUUAGUGAGCCGAGCGAGUAG